AUGCAUUUAAUUUUAAUGGAAAACAAAAAUCAUAUACAUAUUUCAAAUGUUUCCUCAUUAACUAAUAAUUCAAAUAUUGAAACAAAUACAUCGCCAAUUUCAUUUGUCAUAUCAACUUCUAUAAAUCCUUCAAUAUCAUCAUUAGAUCAUACAAUAUCAAAUAAAACCUAUUCCGAAAAUCUUGUUAUUAUUCAGCCAACAGUCAAUAAAUUAUUAAGUGAAACGAUAAAACAAGAAGAAUUUGAAAAUCAAUCUAUUGAAGAAGCGUAUUCAAUAAGCAAUCGAUCAAACACUAAUAUCAGUCAAUUACUACCGCCACCAACCGUAGUCACAGCUAUUCCUCUUAAACCACGUGAAACUUUAAAUAGUGUAUCAACUGUCCCAAUGACAAAUACUAGUAGUCAUCUUAUGUCAACAUUAAAUCCAGCUCAUUUAUCAGACAGUGCUGGAUCAUAUUUUGUUUCAGGAUUGAGUGAUCUAGCAUCAAAUUAUAAAUUAAAUCCAUCAUCAAAUACUGAUUUGCCAUCUCCAUCAUCUUCAUCUAAUUCUUCAAAUCCUCCAUCAUCAAGUCAACAACAACAUCAGCAACAGCAACAACAUCAUCUUCAUCCGCAUCAACAUCAUCAAGUAAGACGACAUGGAGAAGGUAAUGAUCCAACACGAAAACGAGAAAUGCGUUUGCAAAAAAAUCGUGAAGCAGCUCGUGAAUGUCGUCGUAAGAAAAAAGAAUAUAUAAAAUGUCUCGAAGAACGUGUAGCUGUACUUGAAACUCAAAAUAAAGCAUUAAUUGAAGAACUAAGACAAUUAAAAGAACUUUAUUGUCAACGAGAAGAAACAAAUAAUAAAAAUAGUUCUAAAACAACUACAACAACAUCAGCAACACGUUAA